GUGAGCUUCUCUCAUGUGUGUGUUUUUAUGAGUGUGUGUUGUUAUGUGUGUGAAGUGUUAAUCCCACUCUGCAGUCCUGCGCCAUGAUCAAAUCCAUGUCUGCCUGCUGAUUGGAUGAAAGCGACCAGGCCCGAGUCACGUGGGUGAGUUCUUUGGUCCAGAGUAAAAAUGGGGUUUGGUGUAAAUCUAGGGUGUAUUGCUGUCAUAUAUCACGCUACCUCGUAAAAACGACACUGAGGAUUCUGGGCCAACAAAUCAGAGAGAAAAAAAUAUGAGUUCUUAUUAUGUGGACGGUCUUCUUAGCAAAUAUACGACGGGUAGUUCUCUCUUCCCAAACGUAGAGCGGGCGUCUUGCAGUAUUGGACCCAGUGGAGAGGACUAUGGCUCGGCUCGUACUGCAGCCGCCAUCGCGUUUGCGCCGUCCCUGUCUGGAGUUUACAGCGUCAAUAACGCAGUGUACCAGAGCCACCCCGUGUUUACCUCGGGCUAUGGCCAGGGGCAGGACGCACACACACUGCACUGCAGCCUGUUUGACCAGAGCCGCCUGUUUACCGACAGCUGCUACCACCAGGAGCCGGGACCCCUCACCUCGCUGCCGGACAAACAAUACCGGAUGUACCCCUGGAUGAGAGCAUCAGAUCCAACUAGAAAGCGGGGGCGGCAGACCUACUCCCGGUAUCAGACCCUGGAGCUGGAGAAAGAGUUCCACUUCAACCGGUACCUGACCCGCAGGAGGAGGAUCGAGAUAGCACAUGCGCUGUGCCUGUCAGAGAGACAGAUCAAAAUCUGGUUUCAGAACCGCAGGAUGAAGUGGAAGAAAGACCACAAGGAGGAACCGGUGUCGGAUCCCUCCGGGGAAAAGGACAGUGAUAUUCAGGCGGUGUUAGAGGCCGGAGAGCCCGAAGCUGGAGACACCCGGAGCCCCGGUUUGGAGUCGGCUGCAAAGUAACGAAAGAGAAGGAGAUGGCAUUAAAUGGAAUAAACGCACAGUUAUGUGUAGGUUAGGAAUAUAUCUGAGAUGUUUCUCACGUACCGUCCAUGCACUAAGAGCUUUGUAUAGGCUGAUUAAUUGAAUGACAGCUGAGGGCAAUUAUGUAAUAAGCAUUUAACAGUCGGUGCAUUUCAUAUUUAAACCCAAAACGCAUAAACAAUCCGCAUGAAAUAGCAAUAUGAACUACCUAUCCAAACUCUAUUUUUAUAUAUGCAAUACGACAUGUAAUGCUACUGAAUCAACAUUCCUUUAACGAAAGACUACCUAAUAUUCACCUGCUAAUAUUCAAACACUGACACAAGUUGAAAUUGAUAUAUUCUACCUAUUGGAAUCAUUUUUCUCCACAGACGGUUGCAAAUUCAACAAUCUGUGCAAACGUGCCUUAUUUUGAAUAAAGGCGAAUUCAAAGUGAAUGUUUUGCUAGUUAAAUGCUUCCAACUGUGAUUUAGGUGCUUCUAUAGAUUUCAGCCAUGUACCAUUUUUUUUUAGUUAUUAUUCUUAUUAUUAUUAUCACAGCGUAAAGUGUUAAUAUGCCAGUUUUCGAUACAUAUUUACCCCCAGAAUUGACUUAAAUGUUUUACUUUCGGAUGUAACCUACCUCAGAUUCUCAGACUUGCGUAUUAAUCUGUAAACUGGAACGUAAAUGUUUUUCAAGUCUUAGCCGUGUUAACUGUAAAAUGUUCAUUUUCAUUUCAACAGAUUUUACAGGCUCAGAAUUUCAUCCGUGUUUGUGCAUGCACUUUUAUUAAGACAGCAUUACAUUUCUUUCUUUAUUUUUUAAAAUAUUUUUUAGUGUAAAAUGAGUAGGUUAUUAUAAUCCAACAUGUGCAAAUACUGUGAUUAUAUUUUAGGUUUUAAAUGUGAAUUAUAUGUGAACAAAUAAAUCUUAAAAAAAAGAGUCUUAAACCUUUGGGAAUGUCUUACAUCUGUACAUGAAAAUAUCUAAAAAAUAAUAAAAUAGAUUUUACCUGUC